GGGCUUCCUCACACGUGCGGACAUCGUACUCAUUUCCCCAUGAUUCGCUGAAAGUGGGCAAAUUCGGAGAUCCGUCAAAACCCUUGCCCCCAAAUCAAAACCCCGCACUUCGCGACUGGUCGUCGUCUGGCAGUUGUGUUUUUCUCUGAAGCUCGUGUAAUCAGUCGAAUAUGAGUCGGCCAAUGGAAGAGGAUGCCCCCGGGAAGAAUGAGGAAGAGGAAUUCAACACAGGUCCACUUUCUGUUUUGAUGAUGAGUGUUAAGAAUAACACACAGGUGCUCAUCAACUGCCGCAACAACAAAAAGCUUCUGGGUCAUGUGAGGGCUUUUGACCGCCACUGCAACAUGGUGCUAGAAAAUGUGCGGGAGAUGUGGACUGAGGUGCCCAAGACUGGUAAAGGCAAAAAGAAAGCUCUUCCAGUUAACAAGGAUCGUUUUAUUAGUAAGAUGUUCCUCCGUGGAGACUCUGUGAUCAUUGUCCUUAGAAAUCCUAAGUGAGAGGCUGGGAAUGCAGUGUGAGUCUAUGCAACGUGCAGUAUGAUAGAUUAUAGAUGAUGUGGUGGUUCCACCAUUUUGUAACUUUUCUACACCAGUUCACAGCUUUUUGUAUUUCACUUUCACCCUGUUUGAAACCUUAAUCUGAAUUUGUAGUAUACUAGUGUGCUUGACUGGGAAGAAGUUAUUAACCUUAUACGUUGCUGUAGCCUGUAGCUGAUGCUUAUUGAAGUUAA